ACGAGGAGAGGAGGACUGUCGGGAUCUCUGGGCCCCCGAGUACGCAGCUGCAGGCUGGUCAUGUGGAUUCUGAGCUACAGGAUGCGGGUGGCGUGGGUCUGCAGAGCAACCAGCCGAGGGCUCUUAAACACUCGGCGGAAACCUGGCCCACAUCACAGGAGUGGAGGUGGCAGUGGCCUCGUGAGCAAGCUCAUCUCUGGAACCACGGCCAAGGCGCCUCUGCUGGUGUUUGUCGGAGGAGCCACCACGAUGGAGGACGAGUACUCCGACCCUGGCUUCUUCAACUCCACAGACAGCAGCCAGGAGCAAGAGUGCUUCUUACGCUUCAGGAAGGUCUUCGUGCCCUGCGUGUACCUGGCGGUGUUCACCUGCGGCCUGAUAGGCAACUCCCUGGUGCUGGUCAUCUACAUCUUCUACCAGAAGCUGAAGAGCCUGACAGACGUGUUCCUGAUGAACCUGCCCCUGGCCGACCUGGUCUUCGUCUGCACUCUGCCCUUCUGGGCCUACGCAGGCCUCCACGAGUGGGUCUUUGGCGAGCUCAUGUGCAGGACCCUGCUGGGCAUCUACGCCAUAAACUUCUACACGUCCAUGCUCACCCUCACCUGCAUCACCGUGGAUCGCUUCCUUGCAGUGGUUCAGGCCACCAAGGCCUACAACCAGCAGGCCGCGCGGAGGAGCUGGGGCAAAGCCAUCUGCGUGUUCAUCUGGGUGGCCUCCUUCCUGGUUUCUCUGCCGCAGAUGAUCUACGGCAGUGUCCUAGACCUCGACAAGCACGUCUGUGACUACCGCAACGAGAAGAUUUCCACCAUGGUUCUUGCCACCCAGAUGGCUCUGGGCUUCUUCCUGCCACUGUUCGCCAUGAUUGUCUGCUACUCGGUCAUUAUCAGGACCCUGCUUCGGGCUCGCGGCUUCCGGAAGCACAAGUCUCUCAAGAUCAUCUUCCUGGUAGUGGCCGUGUUCCUGCUGACCCAGAUGCCGUUCAACCUGGUGAAGCUCAUCCGGAGCACGAGCUGGGAGUACCACGCCAUGACCCACUUCAGUUACGUCGUCGUGGUGACGGAGGCCGUCGCGUACCUGAGGGCCUGCCUGAACCCUGUGCUCUACGCCUUUGUCGGCCUCAAGUUCCGCAAGAACUUCCUGAAGCUUGUGAAGGACGCUGGCUGCCUCCCUUACCUGGGGGUUGCAAGUCAAAUGAAGUCUUCUGAGGACAAUUCCAAGACGUGCUCUGCGUCCCACCACGCGGAGGCCACCAGCAUGUUCCAGCUGUAGGCCGAGGAGAUGCACCUCCGGAACUUCCUGAGCACGGCUGUGCUUCCUGGACGUGAUGAAGAAGGCUUUGUUUACAGCUUGUGCAUUCCCACGGGGAAGAAACCAAACACCGGCUAGCUUAGAAGGCGGCUUCUCAGACGCGAACAUACUCUGUUCUCUCCUGGAACCUCCAAGGGGCUCUACAAUUUUUAAGGGCUUUCCUUCCUCCACCCCAAGAAUGGUGAUAACAAGGGGAUGCCGUGUGACAAGUCUAUGGUCUCAGGUACUCCUUGAGUGGGACUGAAGGUCACAGAUAGGAAUACAGUCGACAAAGCUGUUGAGGGUCAGGGGAGAUGAGGACCCUUCUGUCUCCUGGGCAAGCAGUGGAGAUGAGAAGGGCUUGUCCUCACGGCUCCCACCUCCCUCACCAGGCACCCUGCGGAAACGAGAUCAGGCUCUGCUCACUGGGGGUCUGACUUUCGUACAGGGUGAUGCGAGAUGUGUUCCCUCUGACUGACAUUGGAAGGACCAGCACCAGGGACUAUAAAGAGGCUAAACAAAUCGGAUUGCCUAAACAAAUCCAGAAGGCCACGGCACGCUAGAAAAACGUGAGAAACUGAGAUCGAGGCCAAUGCAUCCAAGCAGCGCUUUCGGAUUGGCUUCUUGGGUGCCUCUGCUCCCUUAAAGAUGAACUUUUCAGUGCCUGCCCCCUCACCCCCCACGCCAAACAGCAUACGUUCCAUGACCAGAAAAUAAACACUUUUUACGAGUCUCUACA